UUUAUUUAUUUCAUUUCAGAUAUUUUGAUUUUCUAGAUAGAGGUGCUAGCUAGAUUUUAGUAGUAUAAACUCUUUUUCUUUGCUCUCGCUUUGUUCACUUUGCUUUAUUUCUUGCUUGCUUGCUUGCUUCUUCACAUUGCUAUAGUCUUGUUGGUAGUGUGUUAUUUUUUGUUUGUAGAGAAAUUAGGGUUUUGUUUGUAUGAGGAUGGGUGAAGAAGAAGUGGUGGUGAGUGGUGAGGAAGAGGUGGAGAUGGAGAUGGAGAUGGAGUCGGAGGAGAGGCGAAGAAAUGAGGUGGCGCCUCCCAGGGUGGCGCUGAGGAUUCUGCUGGUCGAAGCAGACGAUUCUACUCGACAAAUUAUCGCCGCGCUCCUCCGCAAAUGCAGUUACAAAGUUGCUGCAGUUUCUGAUGGAUUAAAGGCAUGGGAGACGUUAAAGGGGAGACCCCAUAACAUAGAUCUUGUAUUAACCGAAGUGGAGCUUCCAUCAAUAUCCGGAUUUGCACUUCUUACUUUAAUCAUGGAGCAUGACGUUUGCAAAAACAUUCCUGUUAUAAUGAUGUCUUCGAAUGAUUCAAUUAGCAUGGUAUUGAAAUGCAUGUUAAAAGGUGCAGCUGACUUUCUCAUAAAGCCUGUCCGGAAGAAUGAGCUAAGGAACCUUUGGCAGCAUGUAUGGAGAAGGCAAACUCUGACUGGUGGUGGAUAUGUUUGUCAAAAAAUUGAAGCCUCUUCUGAAAAUAAUGCGGCAAGCAAUCAUUCAAGUGAUUGUUAUGUUUAUACACAGAAAAAUAUCGAAUGCAGUGAGAAAGGGAGUGAUACCCAAAGCUCUUGUACAACACCUUACUUGGAAGCUGAGAGUGCAUACAUGCAAAAUAUGCAGGGUCUUUCACAGAUGAAAUGUGGGAGUACGUCAAAUUUGAGCAAUAGUCAUAUGGACAAGCAUGGAGGGUGUGCUAAGCUGGAUAAUGAAUCGAUUACGCCUGAGAGUGAAAAUGAAGAAACAUCAAAUAGAUUGGGGUCAGAGGUUGCGCCCUUUGGAGAAGCUGAUGACUCAACUGCAUUGAGAUUGAAGGAAAAUGCUUGUGCUAAACCAAUGAGUCAAAAUGAGGGUGCGCCAGCAGAAAGUAACAGAGGCAAUGCUAAUAUUGCUAGUGAGAUUCAUGGCUGCGAUGAUGAACUGUUUGAACCUUCUAGCGGAGCUAUUGACUUGAUUGGCACAUUUGAUAAUCACAAUAAGUGCACUGCUGGGAACUCUAGUUAUACUGAUGGAGGCACAAGUAAGUUAGAAUUUGAUCCACAUUUGGAGCUUUCUUUGAGAAGAACUUGCAUGAGUACUUCAAAUUAUCAAGGUACUGAUGGAAGGCAUAUGCUGAAUCACUCUAAUGGGUCUGCGUUUUCAUGGUAUAAUAGUAGUAAGAUGCUGCAACCCCUUCUCCCAAUACUGUCCAGCAAUUGUACCAAAGCCAAGGAGGAUGCAAGUGAAACCCAUGAACUGUCAUCCAAUCAACUCUCUGGACAUACCAAUGGUACUUUUCCUCAGCAUGAUGCUACAUUGAGUAAUAGUCAGGAAAAUAUCACGAGUUUGCUCAUUGGUCAAUCUGGACAAGCUGAGCUACAGUUUCCAAGUCAUCAGCUUGGGAUGAUUCCUGUACCAGGGGUAAGGUAUGAUAAGAUAUGUGCUGGCUAUGGGCAUUUGUUUCCAUCCAUGCUUCAUACUCAACCUGGUCUACCCCCUGUGUGGAGUCCCAAAUCGACCUGCCAGCAAGAUCAGUCUCCCCUCAUUUCAAGUACUUCGGCUCAAUCGAAUCCUGAAAUUCACAGCUCAGAAAUUCACAGCUCAGAACAAGGUUAUCACCGCUCAAAUGAGACUGCCAACAAUUCCAUUCACCAAGCUGACCAAGCUGAGCAUGAGGAGAAUGAUUUGGAGCCUGUGGAGGAAAAUAGACUUGGUUCUUCCACUGCUGGUCAGACAACUACUAGUAUUUUAUGCAAUGGUGCUGUAGAUCAUAUUAAUGGUGUUGCAUAUGGGAACAGCUCCACUAGGAGGGAUGAUAAUGCCACUGCCCCUGAGAGUUUGAGCGAAAGCGGUCACUUUAUUCAUGAUGGAUCUAGAGGACUGGACUCUUCUCGCUCUAGCCAGAGAGAAGCAGCUCUCACAAAGUUCCGACUGAAGCGAAAAGAUCGGUGCUAUGAGAAAAAGGUUCGAUAUCACAGCAGGAAAAGACUGGCAGAGCAACGUCCUCGAGUGAAAGGACAGUUUGUACGUCAGGUGCAAACUGACCCUCUGGUUGGUAAUGUUGAUUGUUGAGGGUGGUUUAUGAAAUUCAUUGAUGCCUGGCUUUGUUGUUGCCUGUCAACAUGGGUUUCUCACAGUUUGCCAGUGGAUAUUGAUUAUUGCUGCUAAAAAGAGUUCAGUGUCUGGCGUGGUAUCUUGUAUAUCUUGCAGAAGCUAAACAGGAGUCUCUUUAGUGUUCAUAGGGUUUUGACUAUAAUUUUGGCGUGAACUGAAGAAGGUAGUUUUUGUAAUUAGGUAGUGGGGUUCCCAGAGUUUUUGCUUUCAACUAUUGUUAAUAUUUUCUCAUGCCUACCGGAUAGCAGUGUAGAGAAGACUUGUACGAUAAUUUGCAUUAACAGGUUGGACAAAAGUUGAUAUUCUAAGAGUUAUAGCGAAGUUUGCUAUAAUAUGA